AUGAAAGGAGCCGAGACUGUGACAAUAAAAAAUCCAGAUGGAUCAACGGAAACAAAACUGAUGCUCAGAUCAGACGACGACGCUUGCCAAACAACUGUAGACUUGGGACCCGUUUCCGAAAUCAAAGAAUCACAACUCGAUAAGCCAGCCAUGUCCACUCAACCACCUAAAGAGAAGAAGAAGCUCCAGUUCCAUAUGAGCAGCAAGAUCCAAAUUAUCCCAAAUAACAGACAAGGACAACUCAACACUGGAUUCUUGGGAACUAUUGGUGGAGUUCUCAAGAUUGCAGAGAUUGUUCUCUCCUUUGUUGCUUUCGUCCUCUCCAUCUGCGCUGACAGAAGAACAACGACGGCCGCAUGGACUGAGCAUAUUGCCUUCGAAACUAUGAUUGUCGUUUGUGGAUUCUUACUAGCUUACGUAUGCUUCCCCCAUGUUACCAUCAGAGAUGAACCAACAAGAGAAGGCUUGAUUGUUGUUGAGCUUUUGUUCUAUGGUGUUAACACUCUCUUCUAUUUCAUCUCUAUCUGGCUCAUGGUUCACUUGUCCGCUAGUUGGGGCACCGAUGGCAGAGGAGCUGCUAUCAUGAGCGCUAUUGUUUGCGUUGCCCUAACUGUGCUUUUCGCUAUCGAAACUGUUUUGAAACUGAAGGCUUGGAGAGGUGAAAACGAACCCAGCUCAAGAGUUAUCAAUGCUGGAGCAACUCAGGCUUAA